AGUCCGCCGCAAAAAGCGGGCGGACCGGCGGGCGGGCGGACGGACAGACGGGCCGCUCUCGGUUGGCUGGUGACCAGCCGGCGCCGCCUCGCGCGCCCUGUGUCGAGCCUCGCCUCGCGCCGCCUCAGCGCCCCGGGAGCUCUCAGCCCACCCCGGUCAUGUGACGGCGAACGUAACGGAACGUGCAGCAACCGUUUGGCAGUUGGGUUCGCGAGGAAGGCGGCGGGCGGGCGGCGGUCCCCGGUCGGUGCGGCGCGGAGCGGAGCGGACGGGCGAAGUGGGGGGUGGGCAGAGAGAGACGGGAGGAAGAGGCUGCUUCACGCCAGAGAAAAAUAAUUAGAAUUAAACCUAAACACCGUACGGACCAGGAAGAGAGGUCCUUCCAUACUUUCCAGGAGAACCCUACCUCUACCUGUGUCAAGGAUCAUUAUUUUCAUCUGCAGCGUGACCCCAAUUGCAAUCCUCCAGCUAACUUGAGGAGCUGACAGAUGGUCUCGGCCCCAGGUCGGAUUCGGGUCUAAACAUGGAACUAGCGAACCAUGGUUUAAUUCUUUUACAACAACUCAAUGCCCAGCGAGAGUUUGGCUUCCUUUGUGACUGCACGGUGGCUAUAGGUGAUGUCUAUUUCAAAGCACAUAAAGCAGUCCUUGCCUCUUUCUCCAAUUACUUCAAAAUGCUUUUUAUUCAUCAAACCAGUGAUUGUGUCCGACUGAAACCAACGGAUAUACAGCCAGAUAUUUUUAGCUACCUCCUGCAUUUAAUGUACACAGGGAAGAUGGCUCCCCAGAUUAUUGAUCCUGUCCGUCUUGAGCAGGGAAUUAAAUUCCUGCAUGCAUAUCCACUUGUUCAAGAAGCCAGCUUAGCCAGCCAUGGAGCAAUUCCUCGCCCUGAUCAAGUUUUUGCGUGGACGUCGUCACUGUAUGGCAUUCAGAUUGCUGAUAAUCAAACCACACCCCCAAAUAGGUUAUCAGCAACUGGAGAAAAGUCUGGGCGAGAGCCCAGAUCGCAUACUCAUCCUUCUCGGAUAGAACAAGAACGAGGUGCAGAAGCUGGGCAGCAGCAUUCCCAGGGUGCACAGAUUCUCCAGCCUUCUCAGCACAUUGGCCAGUCGUCUGGAACACCUUUAGGGUUGGUUUCUCCAGCUGGUCCUCCAACAGCUGAAGAACGAUGCGAGAAUAUUCCUCUAUUAGAUGGACAGCCUGGAAUACAUGCAGUAGCUCACGUUAAGCCUAGUAUUAUGAAAAGGAAUAGUGGUUUUCCAAAGUUUUAUGUUUGUCAUCUUUGUGGCAGAAGGUUUACUUUACGAAGCAGCCUGCGUGAACACCUCCAGCUCCAUACAGGAAUGUCACUUCCUGUUACCAGCCAAGCAGGAAUGAAUGCGCUGGGGCAAUUGGUAGAAUCUGGGAAACCUACAAAAGAAGCUGAGGAAAUGCCUGAAGCAGAAGUAAUUAGCGAUGGUGAGCUACAACAGAAGAACGAUUCACCAAUGGCAGAUAGCCAACUACAAGCAGAAACACCACCCCCAUCAGACAUUGCAGACAUUGACAACUUAGAGUUAGGGGAUCAAGAUAGGGAAGUAAAAAGGCGAAAGUAUGAGUGCUCCAUCUGUGGGCGUAAAUUCAUCCAGAAGAGUCACUGGAGAGAGCAUAUGUAUAUUCACACAGGCAAACCAUACAAAUGUAGUACCUGUGAUAAAACAUUCUGUAGGGCCAACCAGGCUGCCAGGCAUGUGUGCCUUAACCAGAACUCUGAUACCUUUAUGAUGGUAGAUAAGCAAGCAAUGCUCACAGAAGGCUCCUCGGAAGAAACUAGCCAGUCAUUAAUGGAUCCAGUGUACCUAGCAACAAACCAGUCAAAUCAAUCAUACAAGUGCAAUCUUUGUGACAAAAGCUUCUCAACUGCUAGUGAAGCUGUUAGGCAUUCGUGCCAAAACCAGAACUCUGAUACGUUUGUUUUGAUGGAAGGCCAACCAGCAGUGCAAGGGGAGGGCUCUUCAGAGGCUUGUGAAGUGACAGAAACAAAUCAGUCACUGUCAGAGACGGUGCAUAAUGUGGAGGAUGGUCAGGCCGUUUUAGUGGAAUGACGACUCUUCAUUUAAUCAUUUCUUAAUGUGUUUCUUAUAAUGUACAAUUCAAAAUUAAUAGUUAUUAGAUAUAGUUUAUUUUCUAAAUUAGUUCUUGGCUUUCUUUUCUGGCAAAAGUGUGUCAUUAUUCAUUAUUCGCUGAUAUUGUGACUUUUAAGAUGAAAAUCCAGGUGGCAUAUUGUGUCAGUCAGUGUUUGCACUAGAGUUCAGAUUAGACUAUGUCAAUCAUGAGCUGCUUUGGGACCAGCUUUGGGAGUGUUUAUGCUGUCGUUGAAAGAAGCUGAUGUGCAUUGUUCUUUCUUUUACUGGUGUUACCUGAUGAGCACAUCUCCUGUCAAAUGGGUUGAAUAAGAAAUGAAAUUACAGUGUCCCAAAUCCAUGUCUUCGUGCUCCACAGAGGUAUUUUAUGCAUAGCCUCCCUAAACCAACACCAAACUCAAAAGUGUACACUCUUCUAUUGAGUCUUUUGGAUGUGUACUCAAGUUAAAAGGGACACAGUUUAAAUAAAACAUUGAUGACUGACAAUUUCAAAAGUUUAUAGUGAGCAAUUGUCAUUGUGAUUAUGGAAAAACUCCUAUUCUCUCAAGAGAUGCAAGAGCCAUUGGUAAAUGUUCUUCUGUAAUUAUCAGCUGACAACUGGGUACACCUAUCUGUUGACACAAGUAACAAAUCACAAAAAAUGCACAAAAAGGCUAUGGCAUUCUUGAAUCAAUAAUGAAUCCAGAAUGUUGGUUUUGCCCUGGGCUAGAAGAUCACAUGACUAACUCAGUCAAAAGUCAAAUAUUCAGUCCACGUUGUUGGCAAAGGAAGUGUAUGAACCGAGAAGAGUGAAAUACCAAAAUUAUUUUAUUUCAAAGAUAUCACAGUGAUCUGUAAUUACUGAAAUGCCCUUCUAUGAAUCAUACAUAUGAAAAGUAGUUCCUAAAUAAAAUGUGUUCAAUAUAAAUUGCUCACAUAUGGAAAUGGAACUUUUGUUUUUUUAGAUAUUCAAGACCAUUUUCCAGUGUGAUAGAACAAAGCUGUGCUCUGGUGCUCCACAUUUGUCCCUAUUCAUUUGUAUAACCUUGUUUUUAAACUAUGUUCAGUGUAAUUCUGAAUAUCACUUACCUCACUUAUUUACAAUUUGCUCUUCAAUAUGUCUGUGUAAUCUGCUUUCAAGAUGGGGGGGGACUUAAAACAUCUAUGCAUGCUGACUUCUAAAUACAGUAGUAGUAUUUGUAACUUGUUUUACAGAAAUAGUAGAUGCAUUAUUUAUUCUGUGUUGUCUGUCUUUAUACAUUUUUAGAGUUCUUAAUUAUUAGAGUAAAAAACUAAACUGAGGAACAGCAACACUGAAAAAAAUCUAUCCUUUCAAAUUUUGGAUUAACUGCAAGGUAGAUAAGAAUUGCUGUGGGGAGGAGGAAAAGAGGGGGGUGGUUACUGCAAAAGUAAGCUGUCAUACUUGGAUUAUUGUUCAAAAUUUUUUCCAGCUGUGCACACAUACCAAAAAUGUCAACACUUCUCUCUCGUGAAUAUUGUAUAAGCUGUAAAAGAAAUUAAUUUUACCCUGACAAAGUACUGUGUGCAAAACAUUGAUGUAGAUUGGAACAGAUAUUUCACAAUUGCAUUUUCUUAAUAUUGCAUCUAGUUGUGCAAACUUUAAGAAUUAUGCUCCUAAUGAUAGACUUAUUCCAUGUAGCCUAUUUUUAAUUUGUUGAUUAUUGUAUGAGAAGGUAACUUCAUUCAAUACAAUACUUGUCACAGCAGUUUGUACCAAAUAGCCCUUACUGUAGAUGUGAAGUGAAAACCACUAUAUGGAUUAAAUGGAAGUAGUAAGCAUAUUAAUUACCAGACUAAUUUUCCCCAAUUGAUUAUGAAAAGGUACUUUAGACUGGUACAUUUAUUACUGUUACAUACAAAUAUGUUACAAGAUAUAUCAAACCCCAAGGGAUUUUGUGUUACUGUUUAUUAUAGUUUAUGAACAUCUCUCUUGCAGUUUAUUUAACCACUUUUUUUUUGCUCAAUAAGCCCUCCGAUAUAUACUAAGGUAUUACUUGCGAAUAUAAAUUCCUGAAAAGCAAUGAUGAAGUUCUAGGAAAUAAUGUAUGUAAAUUGUUGUUACAAGUUUUAUAUAGACAUUAUGGUAGGAUUCACAUUUGAAAUUUAAAAAAAUCAACUGCCUUAAAAUACUUAAUGAAGCAUAAAAUGAUGUCCAUUGUCAAAACUAUCAUUUGCAUUAAUUAUGUUUCAAAUAAAAUGUAGAUUUUAAAAAGGUCAGUAUUUUGUGAAGCAUGUUUCAAGAGGGACAUAUAAUGUAGUUCAAUCUUGUAAAAUGAGCCCUGGGUGAGAAAAGACAUUCCUUCAUUGUAGUAGUAAUAAUGCAUUGUAGUAUCUUUGACCAAAACAAAUUGAGAAUUGGCCAGUUUAAUUGGGGGCAUAAAUAUUUUGGUUCAAAAUAGGUCUUUUAAGAUUUUUUGGUCGUGAUUUCAAAUAUGUUUAUAUUAAUGAAGUUGAACUUCACUUGACUUACAAAUUGCAGAGAUUAAGAACACUGUUUUCUGUGACAUCGCCUGCAAUAGCACUCCUUGCCAGCAUUGUUGAGAUUUUUAAAUGCAUUGUACAGUGUUGCCUUUCUGUAACUUCUGUUUUUAAGUUGCUGCUCGGAAGCUAGCCAUUCACCUGCAUGGUUGGGGUCUUAGUUAACAAAGCACACAUACAUGAUGGGUAUCCAUGCUGUACACAGUGAUAGACUAGAGUUUAAUUAAAAUGUUUAUGUAUGCAUUGUUAACUAAGUCACAGUGCUGAGUUUCUGCCUUAUUUUAUAUGAGUUAGCAUUUGUGUUUAGUCCCAAAUAUCCAAACUGAAUACACACCACAUUUGUACUUGUCUUGAUUCCAUGCCACAUCAUUACUGUCAAAUCAAAAUCUUUGUUAGUUAUAACUGUAUAAUGUGUAAUAUAACGCUGCCAAUACCAAAGACUUGAAUAAAACGAGCUUGGUAGGAA